CAAUAAUGUUUAGUAAUCGAAUAUAAAUUCUCGUCGGGCAUUUAGAUUUUUAUUUUUAGUUUAGUAUGUGCAAUUUUACUUUGCUCAAGAUAUUAUAUACAAUUUUAUAUAUAAUAUAUAAAACAAUAAAUAAAAAUAAUUUUAUAUAUUACUUUUUAUAAUUGUUUUCGCGCUGUAUUUUAUGAUCGAAAUCUGCCAGUUAGGUGAAUUGAUUGAUUAAAUGUGAAGAGAAAAACUUAUGGAAAUAGGGCCCUUAAAAUUAUUGACAGUAUUUAUAUAUCGUUUAUAUACGAAUUAUAUAUAAUAUGCAAUAAAAGAAGGUUCCAUGAGUCGCUAAAAUAACAUGGCUUAUGCUAGCAGUAGUGGUGGCAGUGCUAAUAAUUCAAAUAGUGGGAUAACGGGGCUAAAUUCAGCUAAUGCUAUUGUGCCAAAUAACACGCAUGCUGUGGUGGUGUGGGAAUAUGAAUCACGAGGUGGCAAUUGGUUGCCUUACAGUCCUGCUGUUUCCCAGCACCUAGAACGUGCCCACGCCAAAAAGUUGACCCGCGUCUUGCUUAGCGAUGCCGAUCCCAAUUUAGAAAACUAUUGCGUCAAUGUUAGAACAAUGACACAAGAGGCCGAAGAAGAUACAGGGAGACUGACAGUAGGUGUUAGACGCAUGCUUUAUUUACCCGGCACUCCGGCUGGAAAGGGAACCAAAUGGGAAUGGGCGGGAUCAAUGGUUGAUGACUGGCAUUCUUAUAAUAUGCAUGUUCAAUGCAUUAUAGAAGAUUCUUGGACGAAAGGGGAACAAACUUUAGAUUUACUCAAUAUACUUGGUCUUCCAUAUACAAUAAACUUUUGCAAUCUCACCCAAAAGAGACAACCUAGUGGUCCAAUUCGUAGUAUUCGGCGAACCCAACAAGCGCCUUAUCCGUUGGUUAAAUUAACCCCUCAACAAGCGGCUCAAUUAACCGCGAGAAAUUCCUUCGAAUAUGGUUUUAAACGCCAUAAUACCCUGCCAAAGCUAAGAGCAAAAUCACAAGAUAAUAAACAUUUACAACGAAUUCCCGUUAAUGGUGCGACAACGUUUAAUGCAUCGCAUGGCAAUCGUCAGCAGCAUACAUCGACAAGAACAGCGUUAUUGCAACCAACACAAUCGCAUGGCCAUAGCCGGAAGGCAAAUAAGCGUAGUGGUGAUUUGUCUGCAACAAAUUUGCGACAAAUUUUUAAUAAUCUUAACAUAUUCGGCAGUAGCAAUACAAAGCAAAAUGCUGCUACAAUAAAUAAUGCAGCACCAGCUAUGAGCAAUCAUGUGCAGGCUUUUCCCCAUUCCAAAAAUAUACUCAAUGCCUCAAUAAGCAGUCAUCACAGUCGUUGCUCGGAAGGAUCGUUACAAUCACAACGCAGUAAAAGGGUUGUUAUGCACAGAUCCCGCUCACGAACUCGCGCAUCCGAUACGGAUUCGAAUAGCAUUAAAUCUCAUCGGCGACCCAGUGUUGACACCGUCUCCACUUAUCUUAGCCAUGAAAGCAAAGACAGUUUACGUAGUCGUACUUUUGCAAUAUCUGUAAACGACUUGUUAGAUUGUUCUCUGGGCAGUGAUGAAGUGUUUGUGCCUGCUUUAUCUGCAACGCCUGUCAUGAGUUCAACAGAAAGAGCACCAGCACCACCGCCCUUACCCAACAAUGCAACAAUAACUUCGCAAGGUGCUUCAUCAGCGAAGGAAUCAGUUAAUGGAUUGAUUGUUGGCGUAGAUCCGGCCAGUGACAUGAUCUCACGCUUUGUUAAAGUUGUCGAACCACCACAAUGGCCGAAUGCUCAGCCAUGUCCAAUGUGCAUGGAAGAACUAGUUCAUAACGUACAAAAUCCAGCGAUUGCUUUGAGUCGAUGUAAACACCUCAUGCAUUUACAGUGCCUUAAUGGCAUGAUUAUAGCCCAACAAAAUGAAUUAAAUAAGAAUCUUUUUAUUGAAUGUCCCGUGUGUGGUAUUGUUUACGGGGAAAAAAUUGGCAAUCAACCUAGUGGCACAAUGUCUUGGAGUGUCAUAAGUAAAAGUUUGCCCGGCCAUGAAGGACAAAACACGAUUCAAAUUGUCUAUGACAUUGUAUCAGGUAUACAAACGUCUGAACAUCCGCAUCCAGGUCGUGCCUUUUUUGCAGUUGGAUUUCCACGUAUUUGCUAUUUACCUGACUGCCCAUUGGGUAGGAAGGUGCUGCGCUUUCUUAAAAUUGCUUUUGAUCGUCGCUUAUUGUUUUCCAUUGGCCGCUCAGUGACAACUGGUCGCGAAGACGUUGUCAUUUGGAAUAGCGUUGACCAUAAGACGCAAUUCAAUAUGUUCCCAGAUCCCACAUAUUUGCAACGUUGCAUGCAGCAACUAGUGCACUUGGGAGUAACAGAUUGAAUCGAUUUUUAAUGUGCCAAUUAAUUAAUUAAAAAGCAAUAUACACUUCCCAAGGGCCUGCCUGCCUUUGUUUACUAUAAAAACAUAUUUAAGUCAUUCAUAAGCUCAGCAUCGAAAAUGCAGUCUUUUUGCCGCAUAUUCCAUAUACUUUAUUUUAUUUCUUAUUAUUAUUAUUAUUAUUAUUAUUUUUUAUUUUUAUUUUCACAAAGCUUUAUAAAGAUUCUUUUGUUUUGACGAAUUUAAGGAGGUUCGGUGAUGUUGCUUCUAAAAUUCUUAAUGACAAUUUUUUUUUCAAAAUUCCGACUCUAUACUUUUAUGCGUAUCGGCCAAGGGAACAAAGGAGCAAUGAGGACAACAAAAACGCAAAAAUAAGAGAAGGAUUUUCUUUAAGGGCAUUAAGUUACUGAGCAAAUAAUACGCUUUUUACGCGGCAUUUUGCGAUAUUUUGCAACGUUGUAAUAUUUAUUUGCUUACCCAUAAUUUGGGCUGAAAUAUAAGAUAUACAUAGUAUAUAUAAUCGUUAAUUAUUAAUAAUUUUAAUUUAAUAAUAAUCUGAAUAAUGUUUUUGUAUACGGGCUAUGUAUGCUCAAGCAAUUGAAAUACUUUUUCCGCGAUAAGAAAGCGAGUGCAUUUUUUCAUGCACUAAGAAAAGAGUGCCACACACACAACAGAUUAACAUUUCGAUGUGGUCUGUGAGUAUAGACGAUACUUUAUUUAAUAAUGUACUAGAAUGGUAUUAAAUUAUCAAUGCGCACGAAAUCA